GGUUGCUCUAAGGACCACCAGUUGGCUAGUGGACGCGGGUCGGUGUAGAACGUGACGCCAGAGACCGUUCGUUAGAGCAGUGUUGAUAUAAGAACUUAAGAACUCUAAAGUGUCGCGAGAGAAAAUGACAUAAACUCAGAUGAAGUUUUAAGUGGAGCUCAGUGUUGAAAAGAGUGGACAACUUCCACUUCCUGAAUGACAAGUUGUGAUCUAGUGUCAAGAUGUCAAGGGAAGAGGAACGGAAGGAUGGCAGCUCUUACAGGACCAGCCUGCCUGCUGAGCAGUUCCAGCGCAACGACUUCUCGCUAUGGUCGGUGCUGAAGCAGUGUAUUGGGAAAGAACUCUCCAAGAUCACCAUGCCGGUGGUGUUCAACGAGCCCCUAUCCUUCCUGCAGCGUAUGGCAGAGUACAUGGAGUAUGCCUGGCUCCUGGAGAAGGCUGACCAGGCCCAGGACCCCGUCGUCAGAAUGCAGUACGUGACGGCCUUCGCUGUGAGCGGUCUGGCCUCCAACUGGGAGCGUGUUGGCAAGCCCUUCAACCCUCUCCUGGGCGAGACCUACGAGCUCCAGCGAGACAACUACAGGAUAGUGUGCGAGCAGGUCUCUCACCACCCGCCCGUCUCCUCCUUCUACGCUGACUCUGAGCACUGGAACUUCCACGGGUCCAUCCACCCCAAGCUCAAGUUCUGGGGCAAGAGUGUGGAGAUCCAGCCCAAGGGUGUUCUCACCGUCGAGCUGCCCAACCACGGGGAGGCGUACACCUGGAGUAACGUCAACUGUUGUGUCCACAACAUCAUAGUCGGCAAGCUGUGGAUCGAGCAGUACGGCUCCAUGGAGAUCACCAACCACGCCACAGGUCACAAGAGCAUCCUCACCUUCAAGACGGCUGGCUGGUUUUCCAAGGACUUGCACCGCAUUGAGGGAUUCAUCGUGGAUAAGAAGAAGAAGAAGCAGGCCUUCCUGUACGGCAAAUGGACGGAGUUCCUGCGCGCCACAGAUAUCUCCAAUUACGACGAAUAUAUGAAGACCAACGCUCACAAAUUUAGACGCCACGACAAGAAGAGCGAGGACGGGUCGCCGGGCGGGUCGAGUCCGGCCCACGCCCCGAGCAAGGUCCUCAAGAAGCUCAACACCAUCACCUCCUCCUUCAGGAUGAGCAGCGACGUGGAGGCGGGCGUUGAGGCGGAGGACGUCCAUCCCCCAGAGGACCCGGAGGAGGGCGGCUACCCCAGGACAGACUCCACCUACAGUAUUGACAUUCCCAACUCCAGCACCCUGUGGGAGGCGGACCCCAGACCAGACAACUCCCGCCAGUUCUACCACUUCACGCUCUUCGCCAUGUCUCUCAACCAACUGGGCGAGGAGCUCAGGCGGGUCCUGGGACCCACCGACUGUAGAUUACGUCCGGACAUCCGGCUGCUGGAGAAUGGUGACAUUGAUGGUGCGGCCAAUGAGAAGAACCGUCUGGAGGAGAAGCAGAGGGACGCGAGGAAGUCCAGGAAGAAGGGCAAGGAAGAAUGGAAAGCCAGAUGGUUUGAGCAAGGGACCAACCCUUUCACUCGCCAGGAAGACUGGUUGUAUUCUGGUGGCUACUGGGAUCGUAACUUCGACGAGACUAUCGACAUCUUCUGAUGACGCAGCAUGUCGUAUCCAGCCAUUCAACCAUCAUAUCUUAACAGAAAAGUUUAUAGAGGGUAACAGUCAUGGUGGCAGCUAGAGGUGUGCUUCAUUUUAUACGCUAACACUGUUUCUUUGCUUUGUGUACACCACUAUGGUUGAAAUGACUAGUGUGUAUUGAUACGAGUGUUUUGGUACUGUUGGUAAGUGUUUAGUUGAAGGACAGAUAUUGUUGCCUGUGGUUGUCGGUGUGCGAAGCAAUUAAUGCAGGAAGUUAUUGUGACAGAGGCUGGCCACGUCCUCCAGGUUGUCCAACCAUUUUGUGUUGAAUUGGAAGAAAUAUUUAUAGUAUAUAGUGCAUAAUUUUUAUUGUAUUUUUUUUACUCUGAAGAUAUUGCAAGACAAGUGAUUUAAUUUUCUUUAUCGUAAGUAUGAUCCAUAUGUUAUUUUAUAUUCAAAAUUGGCAUCGAAUUUUGUCACGGUUGUGGCAAUGCCUUUUACAAACACUAAUGGAUUAACCAGAAUUGUCGUAAUUUUGUUCAGUGUUGAAAUUUAUGGCCAAGUUGUAAGUAAUGGAUGCAUGGGAAAUCUCAUUACCUACAAAUAUUGAAGGCUCUAAAAAAAUUAAGCAAAUAUCGUUUAUUUGAAUUUCUUUCGGUUUUAUUGAAAAGAUGUUGAAGAAAAUAAUACUUCAACUAUUAUUACUGUAUUCACAAUGCAAAGCAGUCUAUAUGUUAGGUAGCUGAACCAGCAGUAAAUAUUCUGGGAAUUUAAAUAAUUAGUUUUUAAGUUUUAAUACUUCUUUUAACGUUCAUCCCUCCGAUUAAUAUUGUAGCUUGAUGACAAGAAUAAUGAGGUAUUGUUACAUGUUUUGUAGUUCUAAUUCAUAUAAGGGACUUUCAAAUGAUGAAAAGAACUAAUGGAAAAAAAAAUGUAUUUUAUGUGCUUUUAAAUUAAUUUUCUCUUUUCUUCAGCAACAUUGAUUGAUAUAGUUCCCUCAAAAGUCUAAUUAGCAGAUAAUUCAGUGUGUGAGUCUUUGAACCCCAAACUUGGCCAAAUAAUGUGUGUGUAUAUGUGUGUGUGUGUAGAAAGGGUAGUGGUGUGGAGAGUUUCCUGUGAUCUCCAUUAUUAAAGAUCAUAUUUGUAUUAAUUGCUUCCUGCAAAUAGAUCAAUCUCUGUUUUGUCAUGUGAGUUAGUCAACACAGUACCCUGCUAAAGUGCAAUGAUUGCUACUUUGAAUCUUAAUUUGUGAAAAUUUGAAUUGCCAAUAGGAAGCAGAGGUUGUGGAGAUCCCUGACUGAACUUUUCCUUAGACCAGGCCUUUAUGGUUGCUUUAAUGUCAUCCUGCAUCAGUGGACGAUGUCAGACCAAUGCUGAAGCGACCAAAGGGAUGUGACAGAAGUGAAUGGAUGCAUAUUUCGUAGUAAAGAUACUAAAUUCAUUAUAUUAUGGGCAAAUUUCUCCACCCUUUUAAGAGGAGGAAUUUGAUCGGUUUCAUGCAGUUUGGUUAUUUUUGUACUUUUGUGAUAUAUUUUUACUAGGUCAGAUAUUUCAGGAAGAAAAUUUUAUUCCUUGAGGCUGACGUAUUCAUACACUUAUCAGCAGUGCUGUGUUUAUUUAAAUCAUGUAAGUUACCCAAAUUAACUGUAUAUUUUUAGGCUCGAUUUGUUUCCGUGUAUAUUGAAUUUCCACUUUUAAUGCAAGACAUUGCUGUAGCACUUUAGUACGUAAUGCAAUAUUCUCACAAAGUACAGCAUUUGAACUUCAUGGACAAAUUUGUUUGUCAAUUUAAGUCAGAUUCUAAGUCAUUUUUAGUGUUGCAUAUCACCUAAUUUUCAUAUCUAUAUAAAAGUUUAAAUUAAAUAAUUUCUAUCAAAAUAUAAGUACAUUUGAAAUUUACUCUGACAAAAAUAAGUACUGUACAUCACAUCUGUAAAACUAGUGACAUGUCUUUGUCAUUCAUAUUUACAUAACAUUUAAUAACUUAAGAUAUGUACAGGUAUAUCCUUUAAAUAAAAAAAGAUUGUACUUUGAAACGUAUACAAAUAAUGAAAAAGCAUGCGGCAUAUAAUUUACUUUUGAAAUGCUAUUAUUGAUACUGUACUUGGGAAUUUUUAAUAAGCUAUACACAAACAUUAGCACACUAUAUACUUUCUGAGUUGCUUAACUUUGAAAUUCAAUCAAUUUUACCAUAUACAAUAAGUAUAUGAAGUUUGAAAUUAAACAUUUAUACAGUAUUUCAAUAUGGUAUAUUGUUUGAAAACUAAUAUCUUAAUCCCCGUGUGUAUUGAAAGACAUUUUUAUUUAAUCACAGCAUUAGAGAUACAGUAUUCUCUAAUUAUUUUCCUCUAUAAUCUAGGAUAUAAAAUGCCUUCAAUAGUUGCUCAGCUUGGUAGAUAUAUGUCAGCUUGGAUGUCUCUUAUAUGUGCUUACUAUGAAGCAAUGUUCACUGUUCACUGGUUCCUAAAAUGCAGCUUGGGUAUUAAAUGGAUGAUAAAUGAGUGAAAAGCAAAGAUUAUACAUUUUCAAUUUGUUCACAAAAGUGAACAUUAGUUUGCCUCUCAGUUUUAAUUUAAACAAGUUAAAUAGAAAAUACAUUUUCUAUGGAAAGUAUGAUUAACUCUCAAUUUUCUUGAAUAUUUAUAUAUAUUUUGGCCAUUAGUAUCAAAGUAUUUAACUAACCCACAAUGUUAUCAACUAGGGAAAAUAUGUAAAGAAAAUAAAGUAGUUUAUAUAUAUUGCAAAUAUUGUAAAUGGAAACAUUCAGAUUUUUUUGUCAUACAUUGACAAUUAUUUUCAAAAGUUUGCUAUUGAAUUGUAUCAAAGGUUAAUUAGCGUGUUAAUGUAGCAAACAAAACUCUCAAACUUUUUCCACAACUACUGUUUUCUUCUCAUUUUUAACAAAAAAUUACCUUUAUAUUCAGUUCAGUACUACAUAGAGAUCAUUUCAGACAAAUUGGAUUUCUAAAUCAUUUUUGCAUUAUAUUAAAAACCCAAUGAGCUAACUAUAAAGAUGUCAUCUUUUUGUAGUUAACCCAAGUCGGGAACUACAAACUUUCUAUACCUUUGCACUACUGUUAAAGAAAUGACAUGCUCUGCCAUUUCUGAACCAUUUCGAAGAAAUAAAUCGACACUUAUAAUCAGUA